AUGCUAACGGUGCCGUACGAGGUCCCACUUUGUCCGACUGGAACGAUUACACCAAAUCCCACAGGAUUCUACGUACCUCGCAUCGGUUCCAAUCCAUUGCAACAAUUGCAGGCAUAUUCCGAACAGUACAUGCGCCAAAAUGGACCGACCCUGUUUACAGGCUCGGUUGAUUCAAAGAUACCUUGCUACCUUGCCACCAAUGAACAAAUUCGCUCGUACUGGAAUCGAGCCACUACUCAUGAGAAUACAUCGUCCACGGCAACGAACCCGGUGUCCGUAACGGAGUGUGAUUCACCGUUUCAUGCGCUUUCACCGGGUGACAUGAACUCAAUCUCGACAGUUGCCGAUCAGUAUAAAUCUACGGUUCCCUAUCCCCACGCACAUCAUCCCAUCCCAAUGUCUAACUAUAUACAUCCCAUGGAAUACUAUUCGAAUGCGCGAGUUACAAAUCCCGAGGAACAUGUGUCCAAAACAGAGCGAAUUCAAUCAGUCACAUGUUCCCAAAUCGAUGAUCAAACUCGCUCGGCAGUGCAUCAUCAGAUGGCAGACAGCAAUCGUUCGACUUCAGUAUUGAAUGAAGAUCCAUCCGAUUAUUUCAAUAAACACAGUAUACGCUCGGAUGCGAAAUCUGUUCCACGAGAAGAGAAUCAUCUGAGGCGAUUAACGGCAACGACCAGCACUGCUUCUAAUUCCUCGUCAUCCUCCUCCUCCUCAGCCUCAUCAUCGUCUUCAGGGUCGGAUGAACUCGAGAUGAUUUUUCAUUCCCCUAAACUCGAACCGAACCGUGAUCGUCUGUCUGAGGAGUCAGAGAUUACCAAGAAACCUAUCAUUUCCGAUGAGCAAAAAUCCGAACAUAAUACCACAUUGGAUUCACUAUUACAACAGGGAUCGGUUUCUCGAGGGACCUCCCAGUUCGAUUCGGCAGUGGACAUUCGGCGGUCGCAACUGGUUGCACCAAAUCUUGAGGAUAGAAGGAAGGACUAUGACACACAUAAGCAAUACUCUGCCGCCGCGGCAGUUGCGGCUGCCUAUGCAUACGCUUCCAAGUAUGUACAAACGGCCAGUCAUCAGCACCUGCAUACAUCUAACGUGCACACACAACUGGGAUCAGAUGUUUCCAACCCGGUGUCCGACUGCGUACUGAAUCCGUUCGCAACCCCAAUCCGUACAUCUCAUUUCGGAUUUUCGGGGCCACAGUCAGCCUCGUGGAGCAGUCGGCGUGUUCAAUCCGAACCGGCCACGACAAGUUCUUGUUCAUCUGCAUUUGCCAGCAAUCAACCCCCAGCGCAUAACGAGAAUCGCUUUCUGGACUCGUCGUACGAUGGGAAUCGAGUUCGGCCGGAAACAUGCGGGUUCGAGGCACCGUUUGUGUCUCAAUCGCAUCCGAACAAAUCAGAAUCCUGUCAUACAUUCGACCGAUAUGUAUCCCCAAAUGAAAGAGAAUGUGUCAAAUGUGGGAAACCGGCAACAUCGGUGUGGCAACCGGACGGUACCGGUCACUUUCUGUGUGAAGAUUGUGUUGGAGACAGGCGAACCGUUCCCGCCACAUACUCAGCCACAUCGCCGAUCACGAUUGAACAGAACUCUCCGUCCAUGUCUAGCCCCGAUCGGCAAGCACGAUCACAAGUUUCCGAAUCGAAUGGAACUGGGUUAGCGGGAUGCAGUGAAAUGGACUAUUAUCAAGAUGUGACCGGUAUUUCGAAGCUCCAUUCGGGACCGAACACUUGUUUGACUCCCUCAAAGGAAGAUCUUGCCCGAGCUAAUGGGUUUUAUUCAACCGAUACUGGUGAACGUACCAUGAGGAUGAAUCAGAGUAAAAUAAUGGUGAAUCGUAAAACGAGAAAAAGACCAACAUCUAUGCGGAAAGAUGCCAUCCAGACAAGAAAACGUAAAUCGAAGAAGCGUCGAGAUUACAGUCUCGCAUUGGCAGCAGCAGCGGCUGCAGCUGCCUCAGCAAACUCCGCAAGUGCUCUGGCCGUGGCUUUGCAACAUCAACAGCAGCAACAUCACAAACAAAACCAACAACAACAGCUGCAGCAGCAGCAACACACUCCGAACAGCCAGAUGAACACAGGUGCGCCUUCGUUUGCCAACAAAUCUUUGCGGUACAAUCCUUUUGAAGGUGUUGUACAUGAGGCCUCACGUGAUUACUGCACAUUCAAUGAGCAACCAUACGCAAUUGGGUCACCGGGAUCAAUGAACAGCACUCGAUCCAUGCUGGAUUACCACUAUCAAGUUAGACUGAGCUAUCAACUGCAACAAAGAAGUGGUCUGCCACCAUUGGACAUUCAUUCAUCUUUAAUGGAUCCAUUUUUGUGCUCAGCUACAGCUUUACGCUAUCGAUCAAGACCAGAUUUGAGUAAUCCCUACGAGUCACAAUCCACACCGCGCAAUCCAGUUCAUUCGGCAGAUGUUCAUUCUGUAUUUCAAGACGCAUACUCAUCCUCAUCGGAACCAUGUGUAUUCGGCCAGGAAAGAUCGCGAGAUGGUUUUAUGGAGCCGGUGAACACAAAUGAAAUGACAUAUUCUGAGCAUGCUCGAAACAAUAAUACGAAUCAGUCCAAUGUGGUUAUACAGACAACUCCUGUUGACGAGCCUCCCGAUUCGAUGCGUACAGAAUCUAAUCUAAAUUAUCAAGGUUACUCUCUGAAUCCGAUGCGAUCUGGUACGGAUCAUAUACGCUGA